AUGUAUAUUGGUGUCACUGGCAGUUGGUGUGAAAGUCCCGGUGGCAUAGAUGCAGACGACCCGAAAGCGUACGCUCUUCAUCCUAUAAUAGGGGACGAUGAUGUUGUGAUCCUAUUUGCUUUGCUCCGCCGCCGAGAUCCCCCCACCUCCGUGCCUAUAGUCCAAUCUGUUAAAGCAGCACCCAAUUCCCGAUGUGUCUUUAAUUUGGAGAAUUCCCAUGAAUUAUCUCAGAACCCCACUUGUGUAAUUUCUCAUUCCGGCUAUAAUAGCAACAGUUACAGGGCUUUCACCGCUUCUUCUUCUGUUAUGGGUCAAUUCAAGAGGGAGUUUUGGAGUGAUGACUUUCUGACUUCUUGUCAUCUUUGCAUGAAGGAGCUCCUUGGUUUGGAUAUUUUCAUGUACAGAGGGGAGAAGGCAUUUUGCAGUGAUGAGUGCCGUUAUAAGCAAAUUACAAAGGAUGAUAAUCACAAACAAGCAUGUAGGGCUGAAGCCAGGAAGAAACCACUCUCCGAGUCUGCACCCCACUGUUCUGGCCCGCAUGUGUUGUUCACCGUGGUUGCCGUGGCAUAGACUAUUACUUAAUCA